AUGAAUAAAUCCACAAUUCUCAUCCUCCUGCUUGCCAUAUCAGCAACAACAGCAGUCGAUGUCAACUGUAAUUUCAUGAAAGCCGUCUUUGGUGGCUCAAACAUCCUCACAUGCUUUGCAAAUCAAGUUCGUGAAUCAAUUGGAUGUGCUGAACCAGACGAGAUUAAUAUUGUUAAUGAAUGUGACUUGCCAGCCAACACGACAGUUGAUGAUGUUGAAGGAAUUUUCUCAAAAGGCAUUGAAUGGCCGAGAUUUCCAAUUAAUUUAUGGAAAAAGCUACCAAAAUUGAAGGCUAUUGAAAUGGAUGGUGCUGGACUUGACACCUUAAGAAGCACAUACUUCUUCAACUUGACUAAUCUUGUUCAUCUCAGCUUCCCAAGAAAUAAAUUCACAAAGCUUCAAGGACGCUUGUUCCGUCACUGUCCAGGUCUUAAAUGGGUUCGAUUUAACGACAAUCCAGACCUUAUAAAUAUUGGAUUCAACUUGUUUGGUAACUUGCCAUAUCUUAAAGAAAUCAAUUUCGGUGGAAUUGGAUGCGGUGAAGCUGAUGAUGACAUGAAAUCAACUGACUCAACCUUAUUCUCAAGAUUUGCAUCAAGAUUGAUGAGAACUUGUCCACCAGAUGAAGAGGAUUUGGCUGAUGACAUGGAAAACAUGGAAUGCACAUUCAAUACUGAUGCUGAGUCUGAGUCGAAGCCAAAGGACUCAAAGGAAGGCUCAAAUGAAACAUAA